CUUGUGCUGAUUUCAGUGUGUUAGAACAAUGUUAAUCUGUGCGAGUGUUUCUUCUGCUCUCUGCCUCUUCUGAGCACACGUCAGCAGCACUUUGAGCCAAAAAAGUCUCAUUAGAGUGUCUGAUUUUUGGACAGAAACACCCCCAGGUGAAACUGGGACCUUCUGCCUCUGGGGGUUUGAGAUGUCUUGUGAGAGUGGGAUGAACCAAAGUGCAGAUUGUUAAGAUUUUUUGUUCUUCCUGCAUACCUGACCCUGUUCUCUGCUUCCACUCAGUGUUUAGGAGGCAGCACUUCUCUCUUCAAGGGACGCUGCGUCUAGUCUUUGACGAUGAAGUUCAACUUGUUCAGAAGGCCAGAGGCCGUGGCGGCCCCCGAGCCCACCGGGAUCACUGGGGCCACCGGGGCCACCACGGCCACUGGGGCCACCUCGGCCCCCACCCAGGCCUACGUCUCCACCUCGGUGCCGGACCUCGGCCCUGGCUCCAACAACACAGAGAUCAGCAAGAACGACAUGUUUGAGGAGAUCAAGAGCAAAUUCUUGAAUGAAAUUGACAAAAUCCCAUUGCCUCCUUGGGCUCUGAUCGCCAUCGCUGUUGUGGCCGCGUUGCUUAUUCUGACCUGCUGCUUCUGCAUAAUCAAAAAAUGCUGUUGCAAGAAGAAGAAGAACAAGAAAGGGAAGAAGGGGAAGGAUGGCUUCAACAUGAAGAACAUGCAGGGCGAGAUACACCAGGACGAGGAUGAUGAUGACGAGGGAGAGACUGGACUGACGGAGGAGGAGAAAGAGGAAGAGGAGAAAGAAGAGGAGAAACUGGGGAAGCUGCAAUACUCCAUAGAAUAUGACUUUGAAAAUGCAAAGCUCACAGUUGGCAUCCUUCAAGCUGCGGACCUCAUUUCCAUGGACUCAGGUGGAACCUCGGAUCCCUACGUAAAAGUCACGAUCCUGCCUGAGAAGAAGAAGAAGUAUGACACCAAAGUCCACAAGAAAACACUGAACCCUGUCUUCAAUGAGACAUUUAUAUUCAAGGUGCCCUACGAGGAGCUCGGGGGGAAGACUUUGAGUAUGUCUGUUUUUGACUAUGAUCGAUUUUCCAAACAUGACGUGAUUGGGGAGGUGAAGAUCGCCAUGAAGUCCAUCGACCUCGGACAGCCGAUCGAGGAGUGGAAGGAUCUGGAGAGUGCAGAUCAAGAGGAGCCUGAGAAACUGGGAGAUAUCUGCAUCUCCCUCCGUUACGUCCCCACCGCCGGGAAACUCACCGUCUGCAUCCUGGAGGCCAAGAACCUGAAGAAGAUGGACGCCUGUGGAUUAUCUGAUCCUUAUGUGAAGAUCCAGCUGCUGCAGGGCGGCAAGCGUCUGAAGAAAAAGAAGACUACAGUGAAGAAGAACACCCUAAACCCUUACUAUAAUGAGUCCUUCAGCUUUGAGAUCCCCCUGGAGCAAAUGCAGAAAAUCUUGGUGGCGGUCACAGUGUUUGAUUAUGACAAGAUCGGUAAGAAUGACGCCAUUGGAAAGAUCUUCGUGGGCAGCAAGGCGACCGGCCUGGGUCUGAAGCACUGGUCCGACAUGCUGUCCAACCCGCGCCGCCCCAUCGCCCAGUGGCAUCCAUUGCAGCCAGAGGAGGAUAUCGAUGGUCAGCUGGCAAAAUUGAAUGCAAAGAAGUAAAGUGCUCCACCAACCAGCUAAAACUCAGAGCCCCCACCCCUACUUUGCAUGAAACCCAUGACUUUAACACGUCGUGACUACCCGUCAUGAAACCUGCUCAGCAAAAAAGAGACAUCUUAGAAUUAUUCGCUCAAUCAUGGUUAAGUCGAGAAAAAGAUAACAAUUUUUAAGCAUCACAUUUCACACAUUAGCGUAUGUUGUGAAGAGUGCCGUUGAGAGCUAUCGGGUGACUGGUUCAUGAAUGAUCGACGGUUGGUCUUUCUUUCAUUUGAAGAAACUCAGAAACUGAUUCUUAGGGUGCUGACACGGAACGAAACUCUUGGUGAAAACAAUGUUGGAAAUAAAGCUUUAGUUUAGUCAUAGAGCAUGCUUUACUUACCUCCCCACUGCUCUGCAUACAUCACACCCAGUAUUGUAUCUUGCUAAUAAGUGUGCUAUAACUUGCAAUAGAAAGAACUAGGGCUGUGCGAUUAUGGCAAAAAUCAUAAUUACGAUUAUUUUGGUCAAUAGUUGAUAUCACGAUUAUUAAAUACAUUCAUUGACUUUGAAAACAUCCAUUUAUUGAACUUUAAAACAAAUACAAAUAAUAAUUUGAACAGUAUCUUUUCAACUGUUGAUUACCCUGAACGUAUAAUUCAACUGAAAAAACAAUACAAAAAUAAAUGAUACAUUUAAAUAAAUAAUAUCAAAAUAAUAAAUACCAAUAAACAAGAUCAACAAAUAUUUUCGGAGCGCACUUCCACAAGCUACUAAACAUAUGUAAAUAUGAUAAAUAAAAAUAAAUUAGAUCAAAUAUGUUGCAGUGCACUGUCACAACCUAGCAAAGCUAAAUAAUUGUUUUUUUCGAUUAUGUUGUUUUCGUAAUUGUGGCAGGCCAAAAUCAUAAUUGCGAUUAAAAUACGAUUAAUUUCACAGCCCUAGAAAGAACCGUAGUAUUGGGUUAUUUCCUGCAUAGUAUAAGUCUAUUAAAUGCAAACAUAUUGUAUUGAGGGUGAAUGAGGUCAGCGAUCCAUGUUGCAAUAUAUAUUUUAAAGAGAAAUCUACAUACAUGAUUGUCUUUAUUCAUUUUAUCAGCUCACAUGUGAGCAGAAGAAAGACACAUUAUGGAACAGUUGAUCUAAGUUGCUUGUUUUGUGUUGCCAUGAAGGCACGUCUAUGCAUUUGACUUCAGCAGUCUGUGUCAGACAGAUGUAAUGUUGGACAGGAAUACAAGGGUGCCUUUCCUGGUGUGACACUUUGAGAAAUCCAUUAAGACUCAUUGUUUUAUUUUGAAGGGGAAAUCAUUAAAAAAGUAGUCAGGGACACUGUGAAUGUGCCAUCUGCAAUCUGUCUUGAGCUGUGUAGACCACUUGGAUGUAAACCUUACUUAGCUGUGGCCAAAGUAAGGAUACGAGAAAGCGUAUCAAGGAUGUUCAAAGUAUUUAUAACUGUGCUUCUUCUACAUGAUGCUCUUGCUUUCUUAAAACAGUGCCAUUUAACUCAUUUUAGUUUUUUGAUUAUAUGUCUAAUGUUGUAGUUUACCAAACAUACUGCAGUACACUCGUUUAUGCGGAAAAACACAAGGAUUUCUGUCAAAGACAAUAUGUUUUUAUAGAGAAUUUGAAAUGUCAGAUAGCCGCACCUUUUAAGACAAUGUGAGGUCAAGUGCAAAAAAGCAGGUUCAUGAAAUCUCAACAGAGCAAGUGUUAGCCGACAUCUAAACAUAUAAUACAAUAAACAUGUUCUGGACCAUUUAGCUUGAACCAAAUAGAGCUGCAGAAUCCAGCAUGUAUCAUGCCUCGCAGUGUUUCAUGUUGUUUGGAUCGCUCUCUCAUCGGCCACAAGCUUUGUAAACCUGGAGCCAAAGUGCUGCGACCUCUUCACCAAUUACACUGUUAGACUGAUGUGGAGGGGUAUGGACGGAAAAAACACCCAAUGGAGAUUUCUGUCUUAUAAGCAACAACAAACUGUGAACAUUUAACAGCUCUGAAUUGAAGGCAUUGAAAUACUUUACUUGGAGAGUUCAUUUGAGUUUGAAUAAUCCACUUAACUUAAAGACUGAACAAUUUCCAAUUUUGGGUAAAGAUAAAAAAAUAAUUUACCUUAAACUAGAUGCAAGUUAAGACAGUCAUUUUUGGAUAUAAAAAUCCAGGUUCAUUCAGAAACCAACAUUUAGUAUGAGAGAAUAAAUAUGGAAAAUAUGUAAUACCAAGGAUAACCCAUGAAUGAAAUUAUGAUUUCAUAAAAAGAAAAUCAAAGAAAUCCUCACGUUGACAAUAAUUAUUUUGAAUUGGUGAGAUGCUGAUCCUUGGUAGAUUUACACACAGUAAACAAUAAGUAAAGUAUAGCAUUUUGACACAUUUUCUGAUGAAAGAAAAGUGUAAUAAAUAGUUGUAACAUGAUUAUAUUUUUAACAUUCUGUAAAAUCAGAUUCAGCAACUGGACACUUUUCUAACUGAAUUUCAGAAAAUGAAGGAGAAAACCGAAUAUAACGAGUUCACCUGCAAGAAAAUAAGAAUUCAGAGAAAUUAUUUUCAAAGUAAUAUUAUACUGUAAGUUUAAUAUAAUUUUUAAAUUGCAGUGUUAUUCAAAUAACAAUAAGGUUUAGUAUCCAGAAAAAGUUAUAUUAGUUAGGAAUAAGGUGUUCAGUUGUGUUUGAAAAACUCAAAUGUGUGCAGCCUUUCUUUGCCUCCAUAGGAGGAAGGAUUAUAUUUCUGCAGACAGAUUCCAGCCGCACGCUGAUUGGUCCUUGCACAGUACCACUUCUUCCUAUUGAUAUCAUUAUGCAUCACGCAGAUGUGUUAAUAUGCUACAGCAUGUAUUCACAAGAUAAUGUAAAUAGCAGCAUGUUUUAAAGAGAAACCAUAAUUAUAUUGUGUAAGUGUGUUUGUGAUCUGUGUCAUUUUUGAUAAUAAAACGGAGUAAAAAAGAGUAUGCACUGACUGCAAAGUGUAUGUAUUUUUGCUGAUUGGGACUGAAUGUAAGUCUUAAGAAUCCAUGUUGGGGGUCACACUCCUUUAAUGCCUGGGAUUAAAACGAGUUUGCUUUGUGUAUCAUGUGUAAAAAACACAAAAAGAUCCACUUUGUUGCCAUAAAACUGCAUGUCUGUCUUGUUUCCUGUCAUCGUUUGUAUGUGUCCUCGGUGUUAAAUCCAGUGUUACAGAAUGCCUGGGCUACAUGUUAUUAUUAUUCAUUUCUGCUUGCACCUGUUAUGCAGUAUGUUUUGAUGCUGACCAGUAAACUGUAUAUAUUUCAAAAAAGGAGAAAAUAUUUAGCCGGUCCUUGAUUUUCUAUCUCAGUGUACCGUAAGUGUUUCCUUCAUUUACUCCUGCCAGUUGGGUGUUAAAUCUAAAUUAAAUGUAGAUAUAGUGGACGGCUUGAAGCUUAUCUUUCCUUCCGUGCUUCAUUAAACUGUACCUUCUCAUCUUAUUGCAUUUCAAAUAAACCUGCUCUCACA